GUGCCAAGUAGUUGCUGGUGUGAAGAUAUUGCGCAUAUCCUUACAAACAGUCAUUUCCUAUACAGCUUAAAAAGGAAAUUGCUUGUUUCAGGAAACAGACAGAGUGAGCUGUCUUUUGCAAUUGAAAUCGAGCCAUCAUGUCAGAGGAUCAAAACAGAAUAACAAGCAUGGAGGUGGACACUGCGUUUGUCAAAUCCAAGAGGGGGCUCCUGAAAGUAGCAGAGAUGGCAACUCUGCUUGUGGCGUUUGUGUGUUUCGCUGUAGCAUCCAGACCAAAAUACAUCACAGCCACAGCGUUGGAGUUUCUGAUCACUUCACUUCUGUUGUUGCUGUACAUGUUCAAACUCAACAAGAGGCUGACAUUCUUCUUCUGGCCUCUCGUUGAUGUUUUUAAUUCAGUGUUUGCAGCAGUCUACUUUGUUGUCUUGAGCAUCCUGGCGUUGACUACAUACACUGUCACAGGCACACUGGUUGGAGGGAUAUUUGGUUUGAUGUUAGCUGGGCUGCUGUGUGCAGACAGCUACGUGCUUUUCAAGGACAUCACAUUCAACAGGCCAAGAAGUGAAACCCAGAAUCAAGACAACCAAUGAACACAUUAAUUACAGUCAAUUAAAUCUGUACUAUGUGAGCAUUAACAAGUUCAAACCUCUACCACUGAUGAGCUUAUAAUGCAAGGCUGUACUGUACAUUAUGAUUCAAAGUUUCUACCACUUUUCAACAUAUUAAAGAGAUUCCAGCUGUAGUAAAUUAGCCUAAAUAUGUUUUUCGAUAUUUUUUAAUUGACACAAAUCUAAUGGAAAUAUCAAUAAAGAUUGUUCUUUGCCUCGUGA